UUGAAAGUUGUUAUUUGUAGUGACUAAAAUAUGAAGGCAAGCUUUGUGUAUUUUGCAGUGAUUUGCGUAUUUGUGCACUAUGCGAAUGCGCAGGAUACUACAAGUGUGGAUUGCACCAAAAAGCCACGUCAUGUUCCUCCACACAUGUGCUGCCCAGUGCCUGACCUCACCACCGAUGAACUAAUGCAGAAAUGCGCCCAAUUCGCCGAACCACCACCGCCGCGACCACCUUCCAGUGAAGAACCACCAAUGCGUGGACAUCCACAUCCACAUGGACCACAUAUGCAUCCUUGUUUCAUGGAAUGCAUCUUCAAUCAAACUGAAGUCAUUGGCGAGGAUGGUGAACUCAAUGCGGAUAAAUUUGAGCAGCUGCUAAACACAGUUGUAAAGGACGAUAGGGAAAUGGCUAUAAUUAUGAAAGAAUCAUUCAAUGCUUGCUCUGCCAACGCCAACGAGUUGAAGACGAAAAUCGCCGAAGAGAUUGAAAAAAAUCCGGAGUUUUCCAAACAAAAAUUCCAACCCCUCUGUUCGCCUUUUAGUGCUAUGACAAUGGGUUGUAUCAAAAUGCAGACAUUCCAGAAUUGCCCAUCAUCUACAUGGAAUGAUAAUGAAGAAUGCAAUGCUUUCCGUAAAUUUAUUAUGGAAUGCAAAAAGCCUAAGUAAGGGCUGUUUUCCUACAAAUACACAUAUGCAUAUAUAAGUAUGUAUAUACAUAUAUUCUUACGCAUCAUGUUAAAUAUGUAUUUGCAUAUGUUUUUGUAAGUACUUUGUGGGCGCAAUAAAAAUAAUUUGUUCAUAUU